AUGAAACUCGGUUACCCUGCAAGCUCCGAUGCUGCCAGCCUGAGUGGCUUAACCCAGGAACUCAAGGAGGCAAAUGAAACGGAAGUGCCCAGCCUCUUGAUAGAAUUGCGGUCACCUCACCCUAUCUCCCUUAACCCUGGAAAAUAUCAAUUACGCGCUAGAGUACCUGGGUCUGCACUCCUGGGUGGGCGACAGAGUAUUGCCCCGAUCACAUUGUGGAUGCGGAUGCUGUCUACGCAGCAAACGGCCAUGAGGUCUGCGUCAAGUACACGGAUCUCUUCGAUUGCUGGCACGAGUUUGAGUAUGCGCCCACCCCCAACAUUCUCUUGGUCUCUUUCGGCCGCCAUUUCCUGA